UGGCCAGAACCCUCAGCACACUCAUGCAUGGGCGUCCUAGGAAGUAGCGAGUGGGGAAGAGCCAUACAGGCUCCCUGCAGAGGGGGUGCUGCCUGCAGAGGGGGUGCUGCCUGCCGAGUAGCCAGCGCAGAGCCCUGCAUGCUGCCUGGGUUCCCUCCUGCCUGCAUCCUAGGCCUGCACUCCCUGGUGAGCAGGCUGUCCUCUUGGCCAUGCUGCCUGGUGUUUCAUCACCACAGGACUGCGUCACAGACACCUCAGCCGAGGCGCCACCCUCAGUGGGAGGACAGGGCAGGAUCCAGGCGGGACACAGGGGAUCUUCCAAUUCCUCCCCCUGUUCUCGCCUGAGCUGCCGCUGGCUUUUUAGUUGCUGAAACAAGACCAUAAAAUGUGACUCUGGCUUGCUGAGCCUCUGCCAGGCCUCCACCAUUCAGCUGGGAGACUCGAGACUAUAUCCACAGCACCUCCUGCAUGUCCUGCUGCCCUGAGCUGUCCCAAGCUAGGUGACAGCGUGCCACGCUGCCACCAUGAAUGAAGUGUCUGUCAUCAAAGAAGGCUGGCUGCACAAACGUGGUGAAUACAUCAAGACAUGGAGGCCCCGGUACUUCCUUCUGAAGAGCGAUGGCUCCUUCAUUGGGUAUAAGGAGAGGCCAGAGGCUCCUGACCAGACUUCACCCCCCUUAAACAACUUCUCUGUAGCAGAAUGUCAGCUGAUGAAGACCGAGAGGCCAAGGCCCAACACCUUCGUCAUUCGCUGUCUGCAGUGGACCACUGUCAUCGAGAGGACCUUCCAUGUGGACUCUCCAGAUGAGAGGGAGGAGUGGAUGCGGGCCAUCCAAAUGGUCGCCAACAGCCUCAAGCAGCGGGGCCCUGGCGAGGACCCCAUGGACUACAAGUGUGGUUCCCCCAGUGACUCUUCCACAGCCGAGGAGAUGGAAGUGGCUGUCAGCAAAGCACGGGCCAAAGUGACCAUGAAUGACUUCGACUAUCUCAAACUCCUCGGCAAGGGCACUUUUGGCAAAGUCAUCCUUGUGCGGGAGAAGGCUACUGGCCGCUACUACGCCAUGAAGAUCCUGCGGAAGGAGGUCAUCAUUGCCAAGGAUGAAGUCGCUCACACCGUCACUGAGAGCCGGGUCCUCCAGAACACCAGGCACCCCUUCCUCACUGCGCUGAAGUAUGCCUUCCAGACCCACGACCGCCUGUGCUUCGUCAUGGAGUACGCCAACGGGGGUGAGCUGUUCUUCCACUUAUCCCGGGAGCGUGUCUUCACAGAGGAGCGGGCCCGGUUUUAUGGUGCAGAGAUCGUCUCAGCUCUCGAGUACUUGCACUCACGGGACGUGGUGUACCGUGACAUCAAGCUGGAAAACCUCAUGCUGGACAAAGAUGGCCACAUCAAGAUCACCGACUUUGGCCUCUGCAAAGAGGGCAUCAGUGACGGUGCCACCAUGAAAACCUUCUGUGGGACCCCGGAGUACCUGGCACCUGAGGUGCUGGAGGACAAUGACUACGGCCGGGCCGUGGACUGGUGGGGGCUGGGCGUGGUCAUGUACGAGAUGAUGUGCGGCCGCCUGCCCUUCUACAACCAGGACCAUGAGCGCCUCUUUGAGCUCAUCCUCAUGGAGGAGAUCCGCUUCCCACGCACGCUUGGUCCCGAGGCCAAGUCCCUGCUGGCUGGGCUGCUGAAAAAGGACCCUAAGCAGAGGCUCGGUGGGGGGCCCAGCGAUGCCAAGGAGGUCAUGGAGCACAGGUUCUUCCUCAGCAUCAACUGGCAGGAUGUGGUGCAAAAGAAGCUCCUGCCACCCUUCAAGCCUCAGGUCACAUCUGAGGUUGACACAAGGUACUUUGAUGACGAGUUCACCGCCCAGUCCAUCACAAUCACACCCCCGGACCGCUAUGACAGCCUGGGUUCUCUGGAGCUGGACCAGCGGACGCACUUCCCUCAGUUCUCCUACUCAGCCAGCAUCCGGGAGUGAGCAGCCCAUUGCCACCACAGGACUCCUGCAUGGCCACCAUCCACCAACUGGGUGGCUUUUUAAAAAGACUUUUUAUUUUGCCUUUUUGGUUUGUGUCCCCAUCCCUCACUCUCUCACCCCCAUUUCCAGUUCCUUCUUCAGUCCUCCCCCAAAUUCACCUCAGUGGUCCCUGCAGCCUUGGCCUCUAACCUCCCUUUUGUGUGGAGGGACUGUCCACCUCCUACCCCAGCAUGGGCUGUUGGGAGGAUGGAUUCAGGUUUUUAAUCAAAAACAGGCCCCAGUGAGGGUGAAGCAUGGAUCCCCGGGUCCUGCCUGAAUUUCUGGCUGGGCAUCACGCAGGCAGCCUGGCUACACUGCUGCUUCUGGAUGAAGCUGCCUCUGGUGGGACGGCCGCCUAGCGGACAGCACCCGUGCCACCUUCCACAGCCUGUCGCCUAGGCCCCAGGGGUCUGGCGAGAGGAGGUCCACCUGCCACCCCCGUACUGGGGUCAGAAAAGCAAUAAUGUCCAGGGACCGGUGGGAUCGGGGGUUAGGGCUCCUUGUGAAUGGAGCCAGAUCCCUGCGUCAUGGGGAACCAGGAGAGGGUCACUGCCUUCUGGCCCUUCCUUUCCCUUUCCCUCCCCAAGUUGUUCUGCUAACUCUGUGGGUGAGGCAGAAGGAACAAUGGGGGGCCAGCCUGCCUGCCCCCCAACCCUGUGCCUUACCAGGGCUUCCUUCCAGCUGGCCUUACCUCCCACUGGACCCUGGGUCUGGCCUUGGCUCCUUUUGAGGACGGGGGCCAGGAUUGUCCACUUCUUUCUGCCUGAGGCAGAAGGGCACUAGCCUCGGCUGUUACACAUCUCACCGAGACAGUAUUGGGCCCCAUGGACUUGGGGAGAGAAGGGGCAGGGGAGGGCAUCUUCGGUACAUACUGGGGUUAAGGGCCUCUGAGAAGGGAGGCUCCCAGGCCACCUCACCCCUUCCCAUCUCCAGGGCCCCAAAUUCUGCAGCCUUAAGGUGAACGUGAUGGAGAGAACGUGUCAGUGCUGUAAGCACACGUGUGUGUGUGUGCUGUGGACUGUGUCCGUGGGCGUCCCUGAGCUGCUGGGAUGCAGGUGUGCAUGGCUGUGUGUGUGUGUGUGUGUGUGUGUGUGAGAGGGCAGUGUGUCUGGGCCCUCGAGUGUGCGUGGUGUGUGUGCGCUUGGGCCCCACCCGCCCAGCGCUCCAUCGUGUGUGGGGAGCGGGUACCUGGGGUCCACUUGCUUCCCCACCCAUGUCCUCGCUCCCCCUGCCCCCAGCGUCUCUGGGUGUGUGCGGUUUGUUUUUUGUGGUUUGACCUCCCCAUCCUCCUCCCUACUGGGCAGUCCAUAGAAAGACAUUGUGGGGAGGGUGGGGAGGGUAUGGGGGCUCUUUCCCUUCUCGUAUGUGUAUGAUGUUUAUCUGACAGCUCUCCCUGUCCCCACUGGCCCUUCUUACCCCUUGUGUUUGUACGGUACAAGCAAUAAAGACACUCAUUUCAGACCAGG